GCUGACGUGUGCAGAAGUCCUUCUUGUUCUGGUCGUUGUUCCCGUCUGAGUACCAGCUCCCCAUUGCCCUGAGGGCGAGCGGGCCUGCAGCAGAGGCAAGAAGGAGGAGGAGGAGAAGGAAAUUGUCCCGGAUCCCUGCAGUCUUUCCGUAGGUUGCGGCACUACGCCAGGCUAGAGAAGAGGAAGGAAAUUAACCCCGAUCGGUGAAGGUCGAUUUGAGGGUCUGCUGUAGCAGGUGGCACCACUUGAAGCGAGGGAGGAAGUUUCCUCAGAUCAGUAGAGAUUGCAAGGGUUGUUAGGCGUGGCACACCUCCAGGGGAGGGAAGAAGGGGCAAACUGCCUGUCUGAAGGAGGUCCACCUCCAGAAUCAGCUGUUGUGGCCUUGAAGUGGCUGAAGACAAUCAUCCUCCAAAGGCCGGCACCCAGGCCAGGCCCAUAGCCCUCCUCCCCCAGCCUGUGACUGCUCUGUUCCUUGGUCCCUGAUAUCGUCAGGGACGAUUGCAUGGGCUACGCCAGGAAAGUAGGCUGGGUGACUGCAGGACUGGUGAUUGGGGCUGGCGCCUGCUAUUGCAUUUAUAGACUGACCAGGGGAAGAAAACAGAACAAGGAGAAAAUGGCUGAGGGCGGAUCUGGGGACGUGGAUGAUGUUGGGGACUGUCCUGGGGCCAGGUACAAUGACUGGUCUGAUGAUGAUGAUGACAACAGUGAGAACAAAGGUAUAGUAUGGUACCCACCUUGGGCCCGGAUUGGGACUGAGGCUGGGACCAGAGCUAGGGCCAGGGCAAGGGCCAGGGCUACCCGGGCUCGUCGGGCCGUGCAGAAAAGGGCUUCCCCCAAUUCAGAUGAUACUAUUUUGUCCCCUCAAGAGUUGCAAAAAGUUCUUUGCUUGGUUGAGAUGUCUGAAAAGCCUUAUAUUCUCGAAGCAGCUUUAAUUGCCCUGGGUAACAAUGCUGCUUACGCAUUUAACAGAGAUAUUAUUCGUGAUCUGGGUGGUCUCCCAAUUGUUGCAAAGAUUCUCAAUACUCGGGAUCCCAUAGUUAAGGAAAAGGCUUUAAUUGUCCUAAAUAACUUGAGUGUGAAUGCUGAAAAUCAGCGCAGGCUUAAGAUAUACAUGAAUCAAGUGUGUGAUGACACAAUCACUUCUCGCUUGAACUCAUCUGUGCAGCUGGCGGGACUAAGAUUGCUUACGAACAUGACUGUUACUAAUGAGUAUCAGCACAUGCUUGCUAAUUCCAUUUCAGACUUUUUUCGUUUAUUUUCAGCAGGAAAUGAAGAAACCAAAUUUCAGGUUUUGAAACUCCUUUUGAAUUUGGCUGAAAAUCCAGCCAUGACUAGAGAACUGCUCAGGGCCCAAGUACCAUCUUCACUGGGUUCCCUGUUUAAUAAGAAGGAGAACAAAGAGGUGAUUCUUAAACUUCUGGUCAUAUUUGAGAACAUAAAUGACAAUUUUAAAUGGGAGGAAAAUGAACCUACUCAGAAUCAAUUCAGCGAAGGUUCACUUUUUUUCUUUUUAAAAGAAUUUCAAGUGUGUGCUGAUAAGAUUCUGGGGAUAGAAAGCCAUCAUGAUUUUUUGGUGAAAGUAAAAGUUGGAAAAUUCAUGGCCAAACUGGCUGAGCAUAUGUUCCCAAAGAGCCAGGAAUAACUUCUUGAUUUUGUAGUUUAGAAGCAACACACACUGUAAACUAUUCCUUUUCUCCACCUUGUUUAUAUGGUAAAGGAAUCCUUUCAGCUGCCAAUUUUGAGUAAUGAAUAUCAUAUUGUAUCAUCAACGCUGAUAUUUAUCUGAGUUGGUCUUCAGGUCUAAGCUGGAUGAAUGAAUAUCACUACCUGUUCUGAAAACAAGUUUGUUGCUUUUUAUCUCACUGCCUAGAUUGAAAUAUUUUUACUAUUUCUUCUGCAUAAGUGACAGUGAACCAAUUCAUCAUAAAUAAGCUCCCUCCUGUCAUGGGCAUUGACUUAAUUUGUGUAUCAUCAAUAAAGUUGUGUGUUAAUGCUGGAAAAAAAAAGAAAGAAGAAAAAGAAACCAUCCUUGUCUUUUGGUUUAUAAUCUAGUUGGAGAGAUAAGAAACAUACAAACAAAAAGAUAACAGAAUAUCUCAAGCAUAUAUUCAUUGUCAAAUAUGUGCGUUCAGAGCACAGAGGAAGCAAAGGUUUCUGUGGGAUACAAUAGUCAGCUACAGAUUUAUGGAGGAAGUGGCCAUUUAAAAUGAGUCCUCUAUGGGAUAGGUAGUUAAGGCAUUCCGUAUGAUGGGAGUGACGGGGGACUGGUGUGAGAAAGGCAUGGAGGCAGGAACUCUUCUUGUGACAGUAAGCGGGAGACUAGUCUGCUUAGAGUGGAGAGUGUAAGGAUGGGAACUAAAUAAAUUUGGAAAGCUGGCUGAAGCCAGUUUGUGGAGAACUGUUUGAAUAUUAUCCCACUGAACGCUGAGAGCCAGUAAAUAAUUUUGACUAGAAAGAAUAAUUGGAAUUCAUAUAAAAGUUCCUCUCUCACCCACUGUGCAGUGUGCUUGAGGAUGUGGCAAAAUGGAUCCUUUCAAACCCUGGUGGCAGGAAUGAGCUUACACUGGCACAAGGUUUGUGGAGGGCCAUUUUGUAAUACAUAUCAUAAGCCUUAAAAUAGGUAAACCCUUUGUCCUAAGGAAAUAAUUGAUUCAUUGGCCAAAAACUGUAUGUACAAGGCUGUUCAUCCCAGCAAUGUGUGAAAUAGUAAAAACUGGAAACAACUUAAACAAUUUAGCACACUGGAUUGGUUAAAUAAAUUAAGGACUAUUCACACGGUAUAAGAUAAAUAUGUCACUUGCAAUCCAUAUUGCCAGGGAACGAUAUUCAUCAUGCAUUGUUAAGUGAGAAAGGUAGAUUAGAUAGCAGUAUUCAUAGUAUGAUUCCAUUUUUUUGAGAAUAUAAGACGUUUAAGUAGACACUAAAAACUCUGGAAUUACAGACACCCAAAUAGUAACAGUGGUUAUCUUUGGGUGGAAGGAUAGAGUAAUCUUUAACUUUUUACUUUUUAUUCAUCUAUGUGUUCUUAUUUAUCUAAAACAAAUACUGAUUUUUUCAAAAAUUUUUGAAAAAGAAAAGUGUUGGGAAUGGAGCAGGUGAUUGAUUGGAGCAUGUACUGAGUGGAAAAAAUGUUUAGAUUAAACAUGAGGUGGGUUGAAGUUUUCUCUCUGAAAUAAUAGAUGAGUGCUGAAGAUGGGGCUCGUUGUGAGGAUUAAAUGAAGUAAUACAUGGGAAAUACUUAGAAUGUUCUGGCACAUAGCAGUUAAUUAAGAAAAGUGAGCACGCUUAAUUCCCUGGAAUUCAAGGUUGAUAGCUUUUUUGGUUGACCUUUGUUUCGCUGGGGGCAUUCUGCCACGUGUCAGCAUCAUUUAAUAAAUAAUAACAACAAUAAAGUUUAGCACUUAUUAAGUGA